AUGCCUCUUCGGCACGGUCUUGACGUGUCCAUCAUCUCAUCGUCCCACGAAAGAUUCACAGAGUAUGGAGUCAAUACACAUGCGCGCUCCAAGCUCGUCACGGCGAAGAUCGAGGCCAGAUCAGGAGUUCAGUUCUACAUUGCAAUUCGACCCGAAUAUCCUUUUCCCACGCAGCAGAACAAAAGAUAUGGUUCAAGCAUCUUAACCAGGGCGCAAGCAGCUGAUUGUCCCACCCGUCCGCUCUCCGGGCCCCCUUCCGCGCCCACCAAGCGUUUUUCAGGAUGGAAGUCGUCUGCUCUCGCCACCAAUCAUCCCGUCGAUCAGCAAGCCGAGAAGCCGUCCCACAGCGGUACCAGUGAUUCCUUUUUCCAAGCAUCUACUACUCCCACAGGACUCACCCCAAUCCUUCCAAGUCUUACUCUCCUGACACCCAAGGACACUUUACAUCUCAACACCCAACUAGACCGCUCAAUCACACACACACCUGCACCGAGGCCUCCCCCCUUCGACCUCAUAGUCCAAGUCCACAUCGAUGGCCGCCGCAAAGCCGAGGUUCGCUUCAUCGUGCACCUCAACCCCAGCAGCCCAGAUUACCAACGCGAAGUGCUUCUGGUAGGACGUCGCGUGCGCAUUCCGAGCAAGAGCGGCGAGCCGCCGAGACAAUGUUUCCACGACUGGGUGUUCACCGAUGUCGGGAUCGAGGUGCUGCUUGAGCGCAUGGGUGUCGAAGAUACCACCGGGUUGGAUGCGAGAGAUGGAGAAGAUCACGAGGUUGCGGCGUUGGCGGAUGAGCUGCAGGAUGCGGCCAAGGUGGAGGAGAAUGAAGAGGAGGGGGAUGGAGAGGGGAACAGGGAGCAGGAGCUGAAGAUCGGGAAGAUCGAGGUUGUUUUCACGCGCGUUGUUUUGGGGGAGGUGACGGAUGAUGUUGGUGUUGCUACGUCUGAGAACCUCCAUGAUGCACAGAGUGAGCAAGCGAUACCGAAGAGGAGCGUAGGUAAGGAUGUUACGCAUACGACCAGUAUCGUCCCCUCCUCAGCGGCAUCCAAACCCCCAGCCUACGCAUACAACCGCAUCAAAUGGACGCGCUACAACCCGACCGAAGACUUCUACGCCAAAUUUAUCUUCGACUACACCUCACGCGCGAAACUGGUCAAGUGGGGCCUGUGCGACGAGGCGGGUGUACCAGUCGGAACGGGACAAGAGAAGCAGACGGACCGUCGCAGGGUACAGCUCCACACCAACAACCCAGGCGCCGACGGGGGGGAUAGCGAACAACAGCAGCGAGGAAGUCUCAUCAGCCGUGGCGGUCAUGGGAUCGCGAGGGAGGAGCCUGUCCCAGCGACGGAGCAUGCGAGCCUGCUCCAGGGCGGCGGGCGGAAGAGGAGAGAGAAGGAGAAGGACAGCGAAAUGGUGGCUUCUCGGAAGAGAGAAAUCGCCAGAGCUGAGGAAGGUGCACGAGCGCAUGGCGUCGUAGACGCAGACGUAGAACAGACACCAGCGAAGCGCAGGGAUCGCACUACCCGCCUCCCCCGUCUGGACAGAGGUGAAGCGGGAGGAAGGCGAACAGGUAACGCAAAGCACAACGAGCAGAGAAGACACAGCAUCAGUGGCUAUGGCGGAGAUGUGGUGGACGAGUUUGCGCCGGUGGCGGAGAAUGCCGGCACGAGGGUGGUCGAGCGCGAGUCGGGAGCGGAGAGGUGGGCUCUGCAGGGGGGAGAUGGUGAAGAGGAGAUGAUGGGAGGGGAGGGGGAAGGUCCACGGAUGGAAACUCCGACUGUUGGGGUUGGGGCGCAGGAUUGGGGGGCCAGGUUGAGGCGGAGGAGAUGA